GGCCUUGCGUGGCACACCGACGACACCACCCUGCGAGCCAAGUUCGAGGAGUUUGGCCAUGUUGAAGAAGCCAUCGUCGUGAAAGAUCGCGACACGGGACGAAGCCGUGGGUUUGGGUUCGUCCGUUUCGCCGCCGAACCGGAGGCGGAGGCGGCGAUCCAAGCGAUGAACAAUGUCGAAUUCGAUGGACGGAUGAUUCGAGUCGACAAGGCGUCCGACAAGUCUUCGAACCGG